AUGAAUGGAGAGAUGUGCGAGAAAAUCAUUACGGGUAUAAUCCAUCGAACCGUUGUCUACUAUGGCGUCCGUGUUGAUUGUAUUCUCAGCUCUCCUCUCAUUCUGAUUUCGAUAUGGUUCAUUUGGCAAGAGUCAUUCGGGAACCAAGUUUUGAAAAUCGCGUUUCUCUGUGCCGCAUUCAAAUUCAUAGCCAUCCUUUCGGUGUUGUUGUGCAUUUUGAUGGAUGACCCUAGCUUCAUGCGCGAGAUUUUCGAAAAGUCCCAUUUUGGAACCUAUGAAGCUCGAAUCCUCUACUCCUUCGUGUUUGUUAUAACUGCCACACUUUUCAACGCGAGUCUUCUCUUCGCUCUCGGAACUGCUUACACUCUCAAAGAUACCGCAGCCACCAAGUAUCGUGUUGGACCAUCGCAAUCCACUGCUAAAUUGGCCUACAAUGCAAUGGUUGGCAGUGUUUUAAGCGCAGUUGCCAAAGGCAGAAAUUCGGAAAGUGGUUCGUCGAUCGAAGUCUUCCCAAUUGGAGAUUUGGAUGACGUCUCUGUUCGAUCGAACCCUGUCUAA